CUGUGUGAAAAUAGCAAUCCAAAAGUUCUUAGUAAACUGCAGCCAGAGAGACUCAGACUAGGAUGGAGGUAGGAAAAGCUGAGACGAAGUGGGUGGAAUUGUAAGCUUUUCUUCAGGCUGAGUUUCUGUUGCUUGUUAACUUAGUGGAUUUACAGAUGUAUUUCUCACUGGUGGUGUGAAGGCUGGGACAGAACCAACAUCAACAUACUCUAGAGUUUGGAAUACCAGUGUGUGUGUGUGUGUGUGUGUGUGUGUGUGUGUCUGUGUGUCUGUGUGCACGCGCUCAGAGUGUUUUUAUUAAGGGAGAUCAAGAAGAGUCUAGCACAGAUCUUACCUUCAUCAUCUAGCUGAAAAACGAGAAGUUAAGAAGCAGCAUCCUGAAGGCAUUUUUUUAAAGAGAGAAGUCUUUGAGAUGGUUCCAAAUAAUUGUUCCCACCUGAACUUGGAAGAGGAGCUUUUCCUGACCUGCAACAACACCUUCAACCAAAGUCUGAAUCCCCCCAAGAUGGAGAACUGGUUCCACCCGGGAAUCAUCUAUGUCAUCCCUGCAGUUUAUGGGGUUAUCAUCGUGAUAGGCCUCAUCGGCAACAUCACCCUGAUCAAGAUUUUCUGUACAGUCAAGUCCAUGAGAAACGUGCCAAACUUGUUCAUCUCUAGCCUGGCUUUGGGAGAUCUGCUGCUCCUGGUAACGUGUGCCCCUGUGGAUGCCAGCAAGUACCUGGCUGACAGGUGGCUCUUUGGCAGGGUUGGCUGUAAACUGAUCCCCUUUAUACAACUUACUUCAGUGGGGGUGUCUGUCUUCACACUUACGGCACUGUCAGCAGACAGGUACAAAGCCAUUGUCCGGCCAAUGGAUAUCCAGGCAUCACAUGCCCUGAUGAAGAUCUGCCUCAAAGCUGCCUUGAUCUGGAUUGUCUCUAUGCUGCUGGCCAUUCCAGAGGCUGUGUUUUCUGACCUCCAUCCCUUCCAUGUGAAAGAUACCAACCAAACCUUCAUUAGUUGUGCCCCCUACCCACACUCUAAUGAGCUACAUCCCAAAAUUCACUCUAUGGCUUCCUUUCUGGUUUUCUACAUUAUCCCACUGUCAAUCAUCUCUGUCUACUACUACUUCAUUGCCCGAAAUCUGAUUCAGAGUGCCUACAAUCUUCCUGUGGAAGGCAAUAUACAUGUCAAGAAGCAGAUCGAAUCCCGGAAGCGGCUUGCCAAGACAGUACUGGUGUUCGUAGGCCUCUUCGCCUUCUGCUGGCUCCCCAACCAUGUCAUUUACCUGUACCGCUCCUACCACUACUCUGAGGUGGACACCUCCAUGCUCCACUUUGUCACUAGCAUCUGCGCCCGCCUCCUGGCCUUCACCAACUCCUGUGUGAACCCCUUUGCUCUGUAUCUGCUGAGCAAGAGCUUCAGGAAGCAGUUCAACACUCAGCUCCUCUGCUGCCAGCCUGGCCUGAUGAACCGGUCCCACAGCACAGGCAGAAGUACCACCUGCAUGACCUCUUUCAAGAGCACCAACCCCUCGGCCACCUUCAGUCUCAUCAACGGGAAUAUCUGUCAUGAGGGCUACAUCUAGACCAACCUUCCUCCUAUGGAACUCCAGGUUUUGUUUUAUGGAUGUCCAGGAACCCUAGAAGGGAUUAUUGUCUGUACAUCCUGAAGACCCUUCAGGAGGCUGAGUGCUAUAGAUGGAUGCAAGAAAUGUCCAAAUAAAACAAUCAUUAUUAUAUCUCAAAGUAAGCCAGCAGGCUUCAUUUUCCAUCUCAACUUGUGAGGGCUUCUGAUGGAGAUCAAAUCUUCCUGUAAGAAACAAGGAACAAAUUGGAAAUUAUUAUUCAAAGCACCAAGCUCUGCUAUGCCAGUAUGGUCAAUUAAGUCCUAGAAAUUAUAUGAACAAAGAGAGCAGAGAAACCAUGCUCUGUGAAUGAUAUUCUUUAAACAGAAGCUGAUUGCUUUCAAAACAUGGCCUGACUCUUUUUCCCAGAAAUAUCUAUAAUAUGUAAACCAAGGGACAACUUUAAUUUACAUUCCUAAAAUGAAAAGGCAAGUCUAAGAAAGAAUCUCAUGUGUAAGGAAUAGACUUCAUUUAUAACAUUAGAAGCCAGUGUAAUAUAAAACAAACCUCUAAAUAUUGACUUUUUCAAAGAUGUUGCUGAGGACACAGGAGAAACACUCAAUAUAAAAUGUUAAAACAAAAUACAACCAAACACAUAGAUCUAUGUGUGGCUAAAGAGCUUAUGCUCUGACUUCUCAUUUCAAAGAAGUUCUGAUUCUUGUUAACCCAAUUUUGACCAUUACAGUGUCAUUCUACCAUAGAAGAGAAAUCCUUUUGUGGGGAAAAAAUGCUCAUUUUAUCAAAGUAACAACUAAGUAGUUGUUAUAAAUGUAUAAAGAAUGACAUUUUUUCUUGGUAUACAUGUUUUGAAUUAAUUUUA